UUUUUAACCGGAAAGGGGCGGAGCCAGCUGUAACGUUAGCAACCACGCUGAGCGACAGGAGCGGUUCUCGUUAAUGUGAAGGAUUGUCGUUUGAAAUGUGUCUUUAAAUACUCACUGAAGCGGUGUCUCACACAUCAAGUACACUUGGAUCUACCCGAGAAACGCUUUUAUCCUGCAGACCUGUGGGUGAGUGAUGCCGCCGGCGUCCAGCUGUGACUGCCCCCACCUGGACUGCGUGGGGGAGAUCACCAAGGAGGAACUCAUUCAGAAAUCCCAUGGCCAGUGCCAAGACUGUAAAGUUGGAGGACCAAAUUUGUGGGCAUGUUUGGAGAAUGGCUGUGCAUACGUAGGCUGUGGAGAAUCUCACACCGACCACAGCACCGUGCACUCGCAGGAGACGAGGCACAACCUCACAGUGAACCUGACCACGCUCCGGGUGUGGUGCUACGCCUGCGGCAAGGAGGUUUUUCUGGAGCGUAAACUAGGUCCUCACUCUCCCCGGCCGAGCAGCAAACCCCUCCCUUCUCCACAGAGUGCUGGACUGGAUAACUGCAGGGCCCCUGGGAGCCCAACCUCUCUGAGAGUGCCCCCUAAUGGAGGUUGUGAAGACCUGGACAUGGAGACGGAGGAGGAGGAUGAGCUACGUGCCAGAGGCCUGACGGGGCUGAAGAACAUAGGCAACACCUGCUACAUGAACGCUGCCCUCCAGGCCCUGUCCAACUGCCCGCCCUUGACACAGUUCUUUCUUGAAUGUGGUGGCAUGGUGAGAACGGACAAGAAGCCCGCACUCUGCAAAAGUUACCAGAAGCUGGUGUCAGACCUGUGGCACAAGAACAGACCCUCCUACGUAGUCCCAACCAACUUGUUCCAGGGGAUCAAAGCCAUAAACCCCAUGUUUCGAGGAUAUUCUCAGCAGGACUCUCAAGAGUUUCUGCGCUGCUUGAUGGAUCAACUUCACGAGGAGCUGAAGGAGACGCUGCCCGAGCCCUACGACCACUCCAACGGCAUCACCGUGGACGACGGCCCCGAGGAAGACAACCGCAGUCAGUCUGACAACGACUUCCAGUCAUGCGAGUCCUACGGCAGCAGCGAGCGGGCCGACAACGAGGUGCAAGGUGGGAACGUGAUGAUGGAAGACACCAACGAGGCCGAGAUGCUGAUUCCUGAGCAGGAUGAGAUCCAGGCCAACAGGGAGUGGCAGAAGGAGAAGAACAUGAUUAAUGACCUUUACCGCUCUGGAAUUACUGGUGUUAUGGGAGGAAGCACCGGAGUGGACAUGGACAAAGAUGUUGACACCACCACUGAAACCACGCCCAUUAUCAGCAGCCAGGGAGCCAUCAAGGUCCAAGGCAGAACGUCAGAUUCCUUCCCAGACAUCCAAAUGUCCAACUCCACAAGACCACAGAGUCCAGUCCCAAUGGAGGGACACAUUCCCAAAAUGUCCAGCAGCCCGCCCAAAGCUGCCUCAGGCUGGCCCAGCCUACAUCCUUCACAUAAGAAAGGAGGUCUUAAAGAGACGGGCGCUAAAACGGAGCGUUUCAGACAGAGGAUGAAUACAGCAGUGACCACAUUCUGCCCACCAAAGAGCAAGCGUCAGAAGAAAUACCGCAGUGUCAUCUCAGAUGUGUUCGAUGGGACCAUUGUCAGCUCAGUUCAGUGCCUCACCUGUGAUCGGGUGUCUGUGACCCUGGAGAACUUCCAGGACAUCUCGUUGCCCAUCCCAGGGAAGGAAGACCUGGCCAAGCUCCACUCCGCCACCCACCAGACCUCCCUGGUUAAAGCCGGCUCCUGUGGGGAAGCUUAUGCACCGCAGGGCUGGGUUGCAUUUGUCAUGGAAUACAUCAAGAGUUGGUUCUGGGGUCCCGUGGUCACAUUACAAGAUUGUCUUGCAGCUUUCUUUGCCAGAGAUGAACUAAAGGGAGACAACAUGUACAGCUGUGAAAAAUGCAAGAAAUUACGAAACGGAGUCAAAUUUUGUAAAAUGCAGAGUUUGCCAGAGAUCCUUUGUGUCCACUUGAAGCGCUUCAGGCACGAGCUGAUGUUCUCCACCAAGAUAAGCACCCACGUCUCCUUCCCGCUCGAGGGCCUGGACCUGCAGCCUUUCCUGGCCAAAGACAGCUCCGCCCAGACCACCAACUAUGACCUGCUGUCAGUCAUCUGUCACCACGGCACUGCCAGCAGUGGCCACUACAUAGCGUACUGCAGGAAUGAUUCGAACAAUCUGUGGUAUGAAUUCGACGACCAAAGCGUGACCGAGGUGUCUGAAUCCUGUGUCCAGAAUGCUGAGGCUUAUGUGCUCUUCUAUAAAAAGAGCAACGAGGAUGCACUGAAAGAACGUAGGAGGGUGUCGGGUUUAUUCAACAUGAUGGAGCCCAGCCUUCUGCAGUUCUACAUCUCCCGCCAGUGGCUUAACAAGUUCAAGACCUUUGCCGAGCCUGGGCCCAUUUCCAACGACGACUUCCUGUGUUCGCAUGGAGGCGUGCCCCCCAACAAAACGGCGUUCAUCGAUGACCUGGUAGUGAUGCUGCCGCAGAAUGUGUGGGAUCACCUUUACAGCAGGUACGGAGGAGGACCAGCUGUCAACCACCUGUAUGUUUGCCACACGUGCCAGAUUGAAAUAGAAAAACUGGAGAAACGGCGCAAAUCAGAGCUGGACAUGUUCGUCAGGCUGAACAAGGCGUUCCAGGAGGAGGAGUCUCCAGUGGUCAUAUACUGCAUCAGCAUGCAGUGGUUUCGUGAGUGGGAGGGCUUUGUCAAAGGAAAAGACAAUGAUCCACCGGGACCCAUUGAUAAUUCCAAGAUUACAGUAAACAAGAACGGCCAUUUAACACUCAAACAAGGAGCUGACUCGGGUCAGAUCUCCGAGGAGACGUGGAACUUCCUCCACUCCAUCUACGGCGGCGGUCCACUCGUUACGGUCCGGCCAAACGUCAGCCACCAGGAGGUAGAAUCAUCGCAGUCAGAGGAGAAGAUCGAGAUGGAGACGCGCUCUGUUUAAUCAAGCACUCUGCAGAAGAAGAAAAAACGGAAAAACAUUCAAGAAACGGGAAGCCUUUUUAUUUUGCACUUGACUUUUAUUUCAAAAGCAUUCAAGCAAAGGACCUCAUCAUUAGCGCUACAGGACAGCCUUUGACUGCUGACCGAGGGAAGUAACAUGUCUGAAAAAGAUUUGUCAUGUUGUACAAAUCUGUGUAAAGAGCUCUUAAAUUUCUAUUAGCACUCGUGUCAGGUUGUUUUCAGAACAUUUAAUUUAUGUGCAGCUAAAAAUUCCACUGAAUGAAUGCCAUAUUUCUUUCUUUUUUUUUUUCUUGACCAAAUGAGCACAUAUUGUAUGUCCAUGUGUCAUGUGUUGCUGAUAUUGAUGAAUCACAAUACAUCUUGCUGUAGAUAUAUCACACAUUUUUCCUGUUGUAAGAGAAUAUUGUCCAAUGAAUGGUAAGAGAAGCAAAAUGUGACACUUAAAGUGAUGAAAAUCACAAGGUUAUGAAGGGACUAAUUACUGAGUAGUCUCAGGAAUGAAUUUUGUGUUUUGCACUGUUCUGUAGACGUACAAAUUGGCAUGCUCAUGCAGAUGUCUGGUUUGUAUUUGAAUGUACCAGUACUGAUAGUAUGUUGGUCAAGAUUCAGCACUUGGUUACCACAGAAGGGAGUGAUUUAAUAUGAUGUUAAUAGUUUUUUUGUAGAAAAUAUGUGGCAGGCAGUCUGUUAAGAAUGCAUGCUUUAACACUCAUCACGUGUAAACUGCAUGUAAAUGCAAAGCUGCUCAUAAAAUGUGCACGCAAACUAUGAUCUGGAUCUAUCUUCACUAAAUUGUACAGCUACAGAAAGCAUAUUGCAGUAUGUAAUCAGCAUCAUCAUCCUCAGCAGCAAUCUAGUUAAUUAAAGGCAUUAUUUUUGUGUAUGGGCAUGGUGUUGCUUAUACUGUGUUGGAGGGUAAACAAGAAUGCUGUACUGUAAGGUUUUUGCAUAUGGACGUCACUUUGAGUAAGAUCUAUCCUGAAUUUUGCUGGCUGACACUAUUAAAACUUGAUGAAAACA